AUGGACUACACGCACCAGUUCUUUGCGGGCAACCAGCCCUUCCAGCACCAGUUCAUCGGUAUUCCCCCGGUUACCCCGUCCCACUCCAAUUCUGCCACCUCCGACGACUACGCGACAACAUCACCACCGUUAUAUUCCAGCAUCAUGAAGGACGAGGGCGAGGGCUUUCAUGAGUUUGCCAACGAACAUUUCCCGGCGUUUGAGAAUUAUGGGGUCCAGUUUGCGCCGCAGCAGCCCAUCUUUCCCGGCCCACCGACGCCGCCGGGGCAGUCUAUAUCGCUUAGCGCCGUCCAUGGCGGCCAGCAACAGCCGCCUCCGCCACAGCAGCAUGCCCCGGUGACAUCCGUGCCCGCUACGGGUCCAUUAGCACCCACCUCGGCCAUGGUCAUUGACCAGGAUAUCCUGUCGACGAAACCCGACCUGGGCAUGACCGACGACAUUCAGCAACAGCAGGAGCAAAGCCGCAGGGGCGGCUCAAACUCUGACGAUGACGAGAUGACACCAGCACAGUCACGGCGGAAAGCCCAAAACCGAGCAGCGUACGUCCUAUAUGUUUCUCCGCUGUCCCGGAACGAUGUAUUGUUGAAGGAGAUAUGCAUGCUAAUGUUCACUGAAAAUAGGCAGCGCGCAUUCCGUGAACGAAAAGAACGCCAUGUUAAGGACCUCGAAACCAAACUCGCAAACCUUGAGGCCUCGCAGAAUAAGGCCGUUUCGGAGAACGAGAAGCUGAAGCGAGAUCUGCAAAAGGUCAGCACGGAAAAUGAGAUUCUGCGCGCAACAUCUUCUCUGCAGGCUGCUGCUGCGGCCGCCGGCCCAUCACCGGGAAGCGAUGGCGUCGGGGGCCCGAUCCUAACGACCGGUCCGAUGACAUACAACCCGACCGAUUUUUACACCGACCUUCUGUCCAAUCACGAUAUCAAGACGCCGAGCCACCGUAUUGCUACAUCUGACUCGGGCGAGCGUCUCUUGGGUGCUGGUGCGACGUGGGAUCUGAUUAUUGGCCACGAGUCCUUCAAGCGCGGCUUGAUUGACGUGGCUGAUAUCAGCAAUCGGCUUAAGAACCAAGCAAAGUGUGACGGACAGGGUCCUGUUUUUGAAGAGCGUGCCAUUUUGAAUGCCAUCGAGCAGAGCGUUGGAAGCGGCAGCGACUCCCUCCUCUGA